AAAAUUUGCUACAUUAAUAGUUUUUUUCUUGUUUUGAAAAUGAAAACUUUUACUGCUACAGUUUUUGAAAAUCUCUUUGCUCACUGAUUUAAAAGUUUUUACUUUCAAUUCGACUGUAAAAUUUCUUUCAUUUUGACGUUCUCGUGUAACCGUGUACGCCUAAGUCGCAAAUGUAAACAAACACUUUGGUGGGUCCGGUGGUGCUGGUGAGUCUAGGACGCAAAGCAAAGCCGACCGCGGCAGCAGCCAGGACUCGGACGCGGAAACCUUCGUGAGCCAAACAGCAGCAGCGGAACGCCUUCAAAGGAGGGUGGUGCAGGAGCGGGAAGAUGUUGAGUGCUCGAAAAGGACAAUUAAGGCCAGCUUCCUGCAGGAACUGCAGCUGUUCCACGGCCGGAAUGCGAUGAGAGGUAGGAAUGUGGAUUCGCACCGGUUGCAUUCGGUGGUGGUGGCCCGGGAUUGGGGCGAUAUCAUCGAGGAGAUGGCGCUGCCGAAGCGUUGCGUGAACAACGAGAUUGCGUUGAAGAAGAUUAACUUCCGGUUUUUGGACAAGUACGAGAAAGUUUAUUUUCACGGUGAGGAGAAGGAUCCGACGAAGAGGAGGACGACGAAAAGCUACAUAAUCGAAGGUGGUCAGCGCAGAUGUUGCACUCGGUGCCGGCGGUUUACAACACCGCAACUUCCCGCCCACAAACACUCACCUCGCGACGGCGCAGCUUCAGCCUGGACAGUUAGCCAAAAAAAUCUUUGUCAUUCCCGAAGUAGGAUUACGUGCUCAAAAUCGAAUUCCGUUCCGAGGGCCUCAUCAACUCCAUGUUCCGGAUGCGCUUCCAGGAUCGGGAACUCCCCGUUCAGGCACUUUACUUUCCAGCCGGAAAACGUCGACCACCCUUCCCGAAUCAACGGCCAACUCCUCCAAGACUAUCCUGAUUGAGGCCGGAAACGUGACCAUCGUGUUACACUGCUGUCGCGCGUCGAAACCUCCAUCCGGAACUGUCCUGGGGUAUUCGGAAGUGACCGGUGGCGUACCGUAUGAAUCGGUACAGCUUGGACUCGGAUAUUGGCCUACUUUGAGGUGAAGCUAGUGAAGAAGCGUUAAAUACAAUAAAAAAUGUUUUUUUUUACAUACAGUUUAAUUUUUUUUAAAUAAAUGUAAAAAUCCAAGCACAUUUUUCUAAAAUUAUCCCUGUAGUGAUAAAUGUUGUGUAUUCUUGCCAUAAAAGGUUUCUUUUCCAAUUAAAAGUAAAAUACUUUUACCAAUACAACGAUUUUGUUCCAUAAAUGCAUAGUAGUAUCAAAAACUUUCCAACUUUUAAAUUGAAAAGUUUGAACUUUCUACGAAUAUUCACCAACGCGAACUUUUAAUCCAACGAACGAUCUUUUUAAAUUUAGAGUAAUUUUUCUUUGUGUGUAAGAAAGUUUCAAGCUCUAAAUAAUCUCUAUGAUAUUUUUUUACAUUUUGUCACCUUUUUUAAAUAAAAUAAGAAAAUGAAAUUAAAUAGCAAGAACCAUUUUUUCUUUAUUUCUCAAGCCAGGAAAUCAGUGAAGAGUUUCAAGCUCUAAAUGCUCUCUAUGGAAAUUUGCCAUUUUAUUACCUGUAUUCUAAUUUUUUAUUAUUUUUCAAACAAAGGAAAGCUGUGAAGAGUUUUUAGCUCUAAAUGCUCUCUAUGGAAAUUUGCCAUUGUAUUAACUGUAUUCUAAAUAUUUUUUUUUAUUUUUCAAACAAAGGAAAGCAGUGAAGAGUUUUUAGCUCUAAAUGCUCUCUCUAUGGAAAUUUGCCAUUUUAUUACCUGUAUUCUGAAUAUUUUUUUAUUUUUCAGAUAAAGGAAAGCAGUGAAGAGUUUCUAGCUCUAAAUGCUCUCUAUGGAAAUUUGCCAUUUUAUUACCUGUUUUCUAAAUAUUUUUUUUAUUUUUCAAACAAAGGAAAGCAGUGAAGAGUUUUUAGCUCUAAAUGCUCUCUAUGGAAAUUUGCCAUUUUAUUACCUGUAUUCUAAUUUUUUUUAUUUUUCAAACAAAGGAAAGCAGUGAAGAGUUUCUAGCUCUAAAUGCUCUCUAUGGAAAUUUGCCAUUUUAUUACCUGUAUUCUAAUUUUUUUAUUUUUCAAACAUAGAAAAGCUGUGAAGAGUUUUUAGCUCUAAAUGCUCUCUAUGGAAAUUUGUAAUUUUAUUAACUGUAUUCUAAAUAUUUUUUUUUUAUUUUUCAAAUAAAGGAAAGCAGUGAAGAGUUUUUAGCUCUAAAUGCUCUCUAUGGAAAUUUGCCAUUUUAUUACCUGUAUUCUAAAUAUUUUUUUUAUUUUUCAAACAAAGGAAAGCAGUGAAGAGUUUCUAGCUCUAAAUGCUCUCUAUGGAAAUUUGCCAUUUUAUUACCUGUAUUCUAAUUUUUUUUAUUUUUCAAA